AUGAUGCUGCUGGGAGCGCUGGUCACGCGCCGUGGCUUGGGCCUGGCCCUGCUGCGGGGAGAGGGUGCGGGGAUCGGCACCGCUCGGGCCCACAGCUCCACACACGGCCCCGAGGGCCCGGCUUGCGCGCGCUCCUACUGGCGCUACCUGAGGCGUCUGGUACGGGGCCCGCCGGAGCCGCCUUACGCGCACGUGUGCCAAGUGGGGGACCCAGUGCUGCGCACCGUGGCCGCUCCAGUGGAGCCAGCGCAGUUGGCAGGGCCCGAACUGCAGCGGCUGGUGCAGCAGCUGGUGCAGGUGAUGCGGCGCAGGCACUGCGUGGGGCUGAGCGCGCCGCAGCUCGGGGUGCCGCUGUAGGUGCUGGCUUUGGAGCUCCCGGAGGCCCUCCUCCGGGACUACGCACCGAGCAUGCGCGAGUCCCGCCAGAUGGAACCCAUCCCCCUGCGCGUGUUCGUGAACCCCAGCCUGCGCGUGGUGGACAGCCGCCUCAUCACCUUCCCUGAGGGCUGCGAGAGCGUCUCCGGCUUCCUGGCCUGCGUUCCCCGCUUCCAGGCCGUGCAGAUCUCAGGACUGAACCCACAGGGAGAGCAGGUGGUGUGGCAGGCCAGUGGGUGGGCAGCCCGAAUCAUCCAGCAUGAGAUGGACCACCUGCAGGGCUGCCUGUUCACUGACAAAAUGGACAGCAGGACGCUGACAAACAUCCACUGGAUGGAAGUGAACGACUAAGGCCCUUCUGCUGCUGCUGAGGGUGCACAAAACCAGGACACUCACAGCUGUGAGCUGGGAACUGGCUUGGAGCCGACAGAAAACAAUGGACUGACUGCUAAGCCUGCCAAGUCGUUGGAGGAAGAGACGAGAAAUGUUUGCCUGAAAUCAGCGGUGGACACAGCAUUGCCUUCAUUUGGAGAAAACCGCCCGAGCAGUGGGCUUUUCCUGACAAUUCUGUGUGGGGAUAAGUGGAAGGAAGGAAGGAAGGAGGUGUCACUUCUUAGAACUAACUUGAGAGCCGUACAGUCUUUCCCAAAGCCGGCAGUUUAUAAUGUAGUCCCCAAUUAUCUGGUGGAGAUGCUUGUUUAAAAAUGCAGAUAAGGCUGUUGAUUGUA